AUGUCAUCAAACAAGAUUGGGAAAUCUUCAAUGCUGUAUGAUAAUUUGACUAUCCAAGAUCCAAGGUCAAAGUCUUUGAAUUCAUAUAGCACAUAAUAAUCUAUCAAAGAAUCAGAUACAAAUUCAAGAUCAACAUUUGGUGUGAUGAAUAUUCAAGAUUGUCUAUAAAUACUUUGUGAUAAAAUAGAUGAAAGAUUUAAAAAGGUUGCUAUAGCCUUUAGAUUUUUCGAUUUGAGGUCGACUGGGAAAAUAUCUUUUGCUGACUUCUCAUAUAUUGUUGACUAGCUCUAGAUUAGAUUCAAUCGCUAUUAAGUAUAGAAUGUGUUUAAGUAAUUAGAUUCAGAUUUCGAUGGAUUUGUAACUUACAAUGAUUUCUGUGAAUUAUGCGAAGAAAGAAGGAGGCAAAUUGAUCCAUUCGUCGAUUCUGUAGUUAAAAAAAUAAGAUUGAAAGAAUCCUAAUCAGGCUUAAAUGGCUCGACUAUAGAAUAGAGUGAUGGUGAAGAAAAGGAAAUCUUUAUUAGCAAGUAGCUUAAAGAAUUUAAAAUAAGACAGAAAAAUUUGAGAAAAUAAAAAGUUCCAAGUUUAAAAUCUAGAGCAUCCACCUAGGAUAAUGCAUCUAAUAGAUAAAAUGAAUCAAUAAGUCCAAAUAAGAAGUUGAUAUUAGCUCAGUAAAAUUUUAAGAGUGAGCUUACUCCUUCAGAAUUAUCAAGAAAACUGAAAUCAGCAGGUGCUUUCGGAAUUCCAUCAGAUCAUUUAAGAAAGAAGGUUUUCGAAGCAGAUUAAACUGGAGGUGAUAUUAAAAAUAUACUAAACUAUAACUAUGAAAAAGAGUAUAUUGAAAAAGCUUAAUUGAUUGAUAAACUAUAUUAAGAGAAAAAAGGGAAGUAGAAACUUUCUAUGAUAGGAAAUAGAAGCUAUUAGGGUUUGAAUUCAUCUGGCUAAACUAUGGCUAAUAAAAAACGAAACGAAAAUAUAUAAAGAAGAUUGAAGGUGAUCAACAGCAAUACAUUAGACUAGUAAUUACAGAGCCCAAAGAUAAACAUUUCGAAGUAGACUUACUACUCAAAACAAAUGAUAUAGAAUUAUCUAGAUGAAAAAAUAAAUGAUCCUCCAAAGCAGAAGUUGAUGCAAAAUAAAACAUUCAUUGGGUCAAUAAGAUAAAAUAUUAAUAAUAGUUUCUUAGAAUAACCUGGAAUAAACUACAAUUAUUCCUAAAGAGAAAAUUCGGUAAAUGCUUUCAAAAGAAAUGAUAGCGAAACAAAUUAGGAUGUCAUAUUAAUAAAUAAUCAGAAAGAUUCUUUGAGUAAUGCAAACAAUUCUUAAAAGAAACCAAUAUAAAAUAUGGUCAGAGUUUAAAGACCAAACACUAGCUCAUCAUUUAAUACAAUUUCAACUGGUGCCACUAAAUCUAUAACUGAUGAAAAGCAAAAUUUUAGUAUUCAUCAAUUUCUUAAAAAUGAUCAGAAAUCAAGACAAACUAAUUAGUCAAAGGGAGGAUUUGAAAAUAGUAGCAUCAAAAGGCUUAAUCUAGAAUUAUAAAUUAAGAAUUUGAAUAACCAUCGCCACCUUCUAAACCCAUAAACCAAACUAAUCUUAGGUCUAAAUCUAACACACGCUAAUCAAAGAAGUGAUCUCAAAAUAGACAAUUCUAGCUGGCACCAUUAAAAGUUUAAGCUACUCAAAUGGCACCUAAAGUCUACAAAGUCAAGCCAGUUAAUAAACUAUCUUAUAAAGAUCAUCUUCAACCAAAACUUAACGCUGCGGGCUAUCUUAUUAGCAGUAAAUAUGUAAGUAAUUCUAUUUACUGAUGAAAAAUAGGCAAGAGACUAUGAUUUAUCAAAUCCAUAAUAAGAUGAUAAUCAUGAGGACUUUAAUGGCUUUACGGGAGAGGAGGAAAUCAAGUCAUAAUAAUAAUCAUUUUAGAACAAAACUUUUAAGGGCAAUCAAACAAGCAGAGUUUAUGACAUGCAAAUAAAGCAAUUACAAAGAAAUAAAUAUGGGCAGAAUAGUUCAACUUCUCGUUUGAGUGGGGCUUAGUCUAUCAGAGAUAGUUAGCUCAAACAAAAUUAUAAUAAAAUACAAAAUUAGAAAGCCACUAUUGGUGGAUUGAGUGGAAAUAUUUAGGAGACUUAAACUUAACAAAUAAUUAAAUCUGCUCGAGAAUCAUAAUUAGAAUCAAGAGUUGGCGAACCAGAUAGUUAAGUCAGAGCAUCAACAACAUAAGAUUUAAAGCAUGUCAAAUCAAUGGUUAAUGUAAAUCAAAGUCCCUCUCCACUUUAAAAUACAAGUGUGAAUGACUUAGCUGUUUCUAACGAUCUGUUAAUAAAAUAAAGAGAACGAUAGUAGAAAGAAGUGGAGGUUCAAUUAAUGAUGAAUAGGAUUAAGCUACUAGAGUAAGAGGAAGAGAAGAUCAAGAAAAAGAUAGAUCUUACUAAGAAAAAAGCAACUGAAAUUAUGUCAAAUAAAGAAAUCAAUGACUAAAAGUAAAGGGAAAAGCUAUAAUAACAAGAAGCCUAUGAAAGAGAAUUAGAGGAGUAAAGAUCUAAGAAUCAGUUCAUGAAAGAUUAAAUAAAGAAGGAAAUGAUGAUUAAACAGAAGGAAAUUCAGGAAAGGUUGAUUAAUGAGGCAAGAUAUAGGAAAUAGAUGAAAAUUGAGAAUGAGCAUGUGAUUAAGGAAAAUUCACAGUUGUUUAAGAUGGAGAAUAAAACAAAAAGAGAUAAGGUAAAAGAAACUGAAAGCUAGACUAAAGCAAAUCUUGAAAAGUUUAGGUAAUACAGAGAAGAAAUGGGAAAAGGAAAUCUUGAAAAUAGAGUUGAAUAGGAGAAUCAAAAGCUUUCAUAGGCUGACCAAAUUUUAAAGUAACUAGAGCAAAGAGAGUAGGCAAUAAUUGAAAGAUUAAAGCACACUUAAAAGACUGAAAAUAAAGUAAGACAAAUGUUAGUCGAUGCAAUUCAAGUAACAUCUACAAGCAAAAAGAUGAGAAUCUAAUUUGAAAAGUAAAGCUAAAGUUCCCAACAGUUCUUUAAUGUUCAAAAUAAGGAUGGCUCUAAAACUGCUAGAUGA